GGAAAAUAGUUGUCCAAAAUAUGAGUUGUUUCUCUCCUCCCUUAGCUUCCAAUCUUGAUAAACCAGUUGAAAAAUACGGAGAAGUUGUGUAUGACUGUUUCGCCCAUCAAAAUCUGGUUCUUGAUGACUCCAGUCUUGAAAUGGAUGAGAAAUACAAUGCAGGUCAUUUUGAUGAGAAUAUCAGGUUUUUUUAAUGGUACUGUUGAUGCUUGUCAGAAGAUUUCUAGUGAGGAUGGUGAACCCCAUAAAGUUAUAGUUAUGGGUCUUUCAGCUAUUGGUUCCAGAUCCUUCUCUGGGAUAAAGAGAAAGAGAUUGACUCAAGCUAAAUUAGAUCUUAUACCCAACUUAGGUCCUCAUUGCAAGAGAGCUAGGAGUAAAAUGUGUAAGAAAUCGACAUUCUCAUGGAAGGAGGUAGAUGCUCGCGAUCCUACCUUGCAUGGUUCUCCAGCCAUAGCUGUUAUGCAGAAGAAGUUAUGCGCGUUAGAUGGAGUUGACACCUUUAUUAACAUAAAUCCUUUAAAGAUGGAUGGAGUGCAUGCUGAAGCCUUUAAUCAAGAAUUUUGUCAGUUAAACGGUAUAGGAGAUGACAUUAAUGCCAAAGAAAGAGCUCCCCAAGUUGAUCAUAAAAUAACCAAUCAAGAAAUUACUGCAAUAAACACUUUGGAGUUUCCUCUAGAUGUACAAAAACUUCCCUUGUUGAACAAUUCUCUUAAUAAAGAAGUUACUACUAGUGGUCACCAUUGUCACCGUUCCUCUAACCAAGGAUUAGGGAGAAGUGAAGCCUCGACAUUUGCCAUUUGUGCUUCUUCACUAAGGUUCGCCCAAACUAAUUUUGAUAUCCACCAUAUUAAAGGAGGUGAAUAUGGCAUAACAAUUCCCUCUUAUUGUAGGGUUUGUGAUGCAAAAGUCAUGGAUAUUGAAGAGGAGGAGAUGCUACAUUACAACACCCCACUCUUGGAAAAUGAUGCUAUUAAGGAGGGGAAGGUUCCACAUAAGAACGCUCCGCACUCCGAAGGUUAUGAUAUUAAGGAGGGAGGGGUGGUACAUAGUAAUGCUUCACACUCCAAAGGUUUUGGUUCCAAGAAGAGGGAGGCGUUAUGUGAGCACUAUGAAGAUUAUGAUCUCGAGGAGGGGGAGAUACUAGAUGGAAAUGAUGAGUACUCUCAAGAUUAUGAUAUCGAAGAGGGGGAGAUAAUAGAUAGCCAUGCUUUUCACUUCAAAGAUUUGUCCUUUUCAAAGGUGACUAUGCAAAGGCAACCAACACAAACUUUGUAUAGGAAGCUCACGGAAUAUCUUGUGCCUUCAAAGAAGUUGAAAAUUGAGAUGGAUGAUGGUCUUAAUGUGGAGAUUUUAAAAGAAAGCAUUACAUGUCAAGAUGUUUGUAAAGAAUAUGAUGUUGAGAUCCAAAAGCUUAAGAAAAAUCUCGAGGAUGAAAAGAAUAAAUUAGACGAGGUAAUAAAAAAGAAUCGUCAACAAAUGUGGAAGGUUGUGUGUGAGCUUGAGUCUACCAAAAAGGAGCUUCAAGGUAAGAUCAUUGAGCUUGCCAAGAAGACCGAUGAAGUUAAAAUGGCCAAGGAACUUGCGACUAAGGAGUGUAAUAAGAAGGAAGCCUACAAGCUUAGGUUGAAAGCAUGCCAAAAGUGUCGUUAUCAUUGACCCGAAGUUGAAUUGGGAUGGCAUUAAAAAUGGGGGUAACUUAGAGUUCUUCAAUAUGAAUAAAGAUUAGAUACAAAGUAGCAAAUUUAUGAUAAACUAAGAUUUUGUUUGAAACUAUAGUUCAAAGUAAUAUAUUUCCAUAUAAACCCUAUGCUUGAAAGUUGAUUAUGUUGUAAAUAAUUUUUAGCUAACAUCCUUCUCAGUGUUUAAUGCUCAUAAGCUACAUGUCCCCCUUUGUAGUUCUUGUGUUGUUUUUA